AUGGAGGCCCAGUUCCAGAAGCUCGGCCUGCCCGCCCAGCGGUGGAGCGCCGUGGAUGGCCGGAGCGUGGACGUGGAGUCGCUGGUGCUGGGCGGCGAGCUGAGGAGGGAGGGCCUGGCGCGGCUCCUGCUGCCCGACGAGCACAAGGUGUUCGGAAUGGACCUCACGCCGGGCGCGCUGGGCUGCGCGCUGUCUCACAUGGAGGUCUGGAUCGACAUCAUGAGGCGGCGUGGCAACGGCGAGUUCGACGGUGGCGAGGCCUGCGGAUUCCUCGUGGUCGAGGACGACUGCGAGUUCCUGCCGGGCUUCUCCGAGGAGCUCUUCCGUGCGCGGCUCGUGGAGGCGCAUCCUGUCAGCCCACGUGGCCUGGGCCAUGGCGCGGCCUUCGCGGGGUGGCGGCAGCGGGGGCAGGCGCAGCAGGACGUACUGGAUGUGCAGCUGCGGUGGAUGGAACUGGGACUGGCGCACCACGUGCCUUGGCUGUGGGUACGCGGCCCCGCCCUGGGCGCUGGAUGCUGCUGCCAAGGCCAAGCCCUAGGCGGACAAGGACGGCUGGGUGGAUCAGCCGCGCGGCGCCGUGCGCAGCGGCAGGCCCGCAGUGCGGCAACGAGUGCGGCAACCUCCAAGUCGCAGACCUCGGCGUCGGGCGCGAGCGGGGCGCCCAGCGGCAGCGGCGCCACAGCGAUCGAGAGGCUGCAAGUGGCGGUCGAGCAGCUGGAGGCGCUGCAGGCCGAGCCGCCCGACGGAGUCGACUGUUGCUUCACCGACGUCGUCGCCAGCCAGCUGGAGGCCAAGCGCGCCGAGCUGGCAGAGGCCCAGCGGACCGCAGCGGUGCAGAAUGCGUCCUCCAUGCCGCUGGCGACGAUGCUCCACAAGGAGGCGAACGCCAUCAGCAAGGCGGAGAAGCGCCUCCGUGCAGCGCGCCAGAGCCUGGAGCAGAAGCAAGAGGCUCGUGGACUCGUCGAGGCCCAGCUGCAGAAGGCCCAGGAGGAGCUGGCGCAGCUCGACGCUGAGGUGGAGGAGGCCAGCCGUGCGCUCCACGCCCUCGAGGAGGAGGCCAGAGUGGAGGCCGCGGCGCAGCUGCGGAGAGCGCCCUGGGCGGAGUCGUGCCCCAUGGACGAGAUCAGCAGCGAGGCGAGGACGGCGACCACGCAGGAGGCUGCAGGCCCUGGCGGCCGCAGUGCGCCGCGGAGCGUGGCCAGGCCGAACGACGCGGCGACGCCCAUGGUGAGUGGCCGAAGGUCGCCCAGGCGUGCAAGCGGGAGCUGGCGGCCGAGGCUGAGGAGCUGGCCCCUCUUGCUGCUCGCCCUGCUCGCCGCGCCGCUGGGAGUCGCGGCGGAGGCGAGAGGCCACAGCUGUUUUGCGCGUAGCCACGCCAGAGGCGCUUUGCAUAGACAGCAGGAGGGCGGCGGCGCUGAGGCGGCCCGCUUCGGAGGCCCGCGGCCCCUCGACCUCGGGAGUGCGCAGGCCCCGCCGGCGCCAGGCCAGACUGGGACGGCAGAUCAGGAGACCCGCCUGGCUCCGCACCGCCUGGAAGAGGCCAGAGGAGCAGCGCGGCGGCGCAUGGGCUCUACGGCGUUCCUCCACGCGUCGGCGCCCACGGACAAGGAGGGCCAGCUGGCGAAUUCAGGCGGCGUCGCAGGUUGGAGGCAGGGCUGGUGUGGAGUCACAGUGUCCACUGCGUCAGGCCUGCAGCUGCUGGCAUGCUCGCUGGGACCCAAAGGCUUCUACCGCGACAGCCUCGCUGCCUUCGGCGACGCGGUGCUCUACCAGAGACCGCGGUUCAUUUCCGUCGUGGGCCUGGCCACCGAGACGUUCAGCGCCAACGGGGCAGGGUUGGCGGGGCGUGCGAGUGGCCUCACUGUAGCCAAGCCGCCUGGGCUGGCAGCCCUCCGCGCCGCCCCAGCGGGCGGCAGGCCGCUGGGUAUAGCUCGCUGCGUCGACGGCGACAUCGCGCUGCAGGCCGUGGGCACGGAGCAGCUGGUGGCCGCGUGGUUCGGCAGAGCAGGGCUGGAAGUGGUGCGCCGCCCCCGCGGUCAGCACCCGCCCCUCGGCGCGGCCAAGACGUCUUUCCUGGCUCCGAGCCCCAGCCCAGGACGCCAGCACGGGGCGUGCGGGAAGUCGCUAGGCUGGACCCUCUGCGAGACCUUGCUGGCCAGGAACCUCGGCUGGGACCCCGCCAGCACGGGGUGGGGAGCACAUGAGAGCAGACUCCGAGCUGCAGGAGCGCUUCGCCGAACGCGCAGGCUGGACCCGAUCCACAAGGCUGGGCCCGCGGCCAGCAGGAUGAGCGGACACGCGGUCACGGACAACGCGGACGGCGAGCUGCACGGUUGGAGGCUGGCGGCCUGUCGCAGCGCAGGAGCGCCCCCCAUGGGCGCAGAGCGAGGGCUGCACCUGCGCUGUGGCGAGCUCAGGCUGGCCCGCGCGUGUAUCGACUGGCACUUCAAGUAUGAGCGGCGCAUGGUCGCGGACCUCGGCGACGAGCUCGACCUCAUGCACAGCGGGCCCCAGGAGCUGGGCUGGGAGGCUGGCCCACGCGCUCGAAGUGCACCCUUUCGUCACGAGACGCGGAAACUCAGCCACGGCGCCAACCUGCUGGGGGCCUGCAGCUCCAACCCGCGCUGGACGCAGGCCAGGCUUCCCGAUGCACGGGAACAGGGGCGAGCACGCUGCAGCGGAGCAGAGGGAGGCACCUUGUGGCGCCGCCAGCACGGCAGCCCUGUGCACAAGGCCCAGCGGCGCGGCAGAGGCAGCUGGCCGCCUGCGCAUAGGCCACCGCAGGGUCGCCGCACCGACGCCAUGGAGGUGCGGUGUUCCUGCGGGCCGUCCGAUGAGAAGCUCAACGGCAAGCUGUACCUCGACGGCGCGACGCUCGAGCCGCUGUUCGGCCACUUGCGCUGGGAGGGCGGAGCCAUUGCGCGCCGCGACGGCGACGGCAACCUGGUGGCAGAGGUCUGCGGCGCAGACGGGCGCGACCGCUGCCCGCAGCGGACGGCCAAGGACGGCGAGGACGUGGAGGCCUGGUUGCUCGCCACCCUCGCAGGACCAGCAGUGGAGGAAGUCAACUUCGGCGGUUCUAGGCACGCAGUGCUCGACGGGCGCCUGGCGGAGGCCCAGAGGCGCGGCAGCGAGCGCGCCGACCGCCUUGCCGUGAGGGGGGCCCAGAUGUAUGCAGUGGACAAGCUGACCGUUGGCGUGCACCAGGCGCAGGCGGGGUUCGCGCGGGAACUCGGGCGCUGGAUCUGGCAUGCCGCCAUCCUAGGGCAAGGCAUCGGGGCCAGGGGCGGCGAAGGGCCCCCUCAUGCUGCCGAGCGGCGCCGGGCGCGCCUCGCUGACGCAGAGUGGCCCCAGGCGGCGGAGGAGGCGAAGGGCGAGGGGCCGUCGGCCGAGCGGCCGCGCCUGGAGAGCGCCCGCUCGACAGGCAACAGCUCGGCAGCCCUUUCGGCCAGUGCAGUAGCCUUCAGCAUCCUGGGGCAUGCCCUGUCUUACGCCUGUGCGGGAGAAGGUGAGGACACCCAGGAGCCCGUGGCGUGCUCCAAGUGCGGCGCCUACAUGACGCUGGUCGGCCGCUCAGGGGGUAAGCCUCGCCUCAAGGAGCGGUGCCCAGGCGACAGGACCGACAAGGGCGGCAGGAACCAGCGCAGCCUGUGGCUACGAGGACUCCAUCCUGGAGGCAGGAGGCAAGAGGGGUCACGAGCUGCCAGGCACAGAGUGAAAGGAGAGGGCGUUCCUACGCUGCGUUCGCAGGGUCCAGUGCCAGAGCACGCGCAGGAGCGGUACCUGGAGUGGCUUGGCACGGCAGCGGAGUCAGCUGCAGACCCCUCGGCCACGGCGAGCAGUGCAGCUGCGGCGAGAGUGGGGAACCUCGUCGAGUUCGGGGUCGUCGACGAGGGGCUCGCCGCCGCGGCUGGCACGGAGGGCGGAGCACUGGAAGUCUCCGCCCCCUUCGCUCAUGCCGCGGCCUGUGGAUCCCAUCCCCCGGGGCCGGCGGACCUCUUCUGGCCGCCGCUCGUGGAGCAGAACAAGGAGGACUUCCGCACGGACGUGCAGAAGGACGAGCACCCCAGGUACACGUACGGCAAAGACUCCAAAGGCGGCUGGGGCGCGCCCCCCCUGCCGCUGGAGGACGAGGUCGAGUCCGUGGCCAGCGCUCUCAGGCUUGCUGGGUGGCGGUGCUUCGACCUGGUGGGCGACUGGGACGGCUGGAGCAGGUUCCACAGGUUCCGUGGCCGCAGCGACGGCUGCAUGACCGUCGAGGUGGACCUGCCGCCCGGGGAGCAAGUGGAGUUCCAGAUCCUCUGCGACGAGGACUGGGACCUGCGGCUCUUCCCGACUCAGGAGGGCAGCAUCGUCCUGGGGCCCGGCGCGGCCGCGCACGGGAACAACUGGAAGCUGCAGGUGCCCACGAAGAGCCACGUCCUGCACGUGAUAUGGCGGCCCUCCGAGAAGGAGGGCGUCGACCUGGAUUGCAGCUUCGGGGAGGCUUCCUCGGAGGCCCUCGGGAGGAGCUACGCCGUGGUGGGCAGCUGGGACAGGUGGCAGUCCUUCACGGAGCUGCGGCGGGACGGGCAACACGCCACGACAUUCACGGCGGCGGUUGAAGUUCCUGCUGGGGAGGCUAUCGAGUUCCAGCUCAUCUGCAAUGGGCAGCUCAACCAGCGGAUGUUCCCCUCGCCCGACGGGAGCAGGAUCCUGGGGCCGAGCGCGGACGCCCACGACAAGAACUGGAGGUUGCCUGCGCCGCGGCGGCGGUCGCUGCUGCGCUGCAGCUGGGACCCUACCGGGGAGAGGAGCCUGAGGUGCAGCGUCGCCGAGCUGGAGCUGGGGCCCUGCCCGGCGGGGCGGCCCCACCCGGCGCGCCGGGCGCGGCGGGGCGCGGCCCUGGGAGCGGACGCGGCCGGGCAGCGGGCCGCAGAGGGAAAGGGCGCGCCGGGCGCGCCUGGUACCGCCUGCUGGCACGGGCCGACAGGCACAGCCUCGUGGGCACUGGACCGAAAGCUGGUCCAGUGCCGCGGCCACGGAAUGCAGAGGUGCUGCGUGGACCCCCGUGUCUCCCCUGUACUGCCCGUGCUGCACAUGGGCGAACGCUAUGUGGCCAGCGGCUGCGAGAGCAAGGUGUUAAGCGCGAGCGCUCAACUGCAGCGCACGAUCCCAAACUCGCUGUGCCAGAUCUCCCACAUGUCGGCAGACCCGUGCUUCGCGAUACUGUUGUUCGUGGUGUUCUGGCCGCGGAUGGUUAGGCCAGACUACGCAGUGCCGCCGGAGGACAUCGUCUCCGCGGUCGAGCCUUAUGCCAUCGAGAGGCCAGCGACCGCCCACCAUGAAGGCACCUGGACGUUCUAUCCGCCAGAGUCCCACGACCUGUAUGGCCAGUACGUCUACACGUCGCCGAUGGGCAAGUCCUGCGCCCAGAACCUGACGAUACACCUGGCGACGUGGAUGUGCGCUACGGGCUACAACGAGCCCGAGUAUCUGAACUCCGGAAAGUGCAUUCCCAACGCAUACGAGCUGGUUGCCUUCAUCGUCGACACGAUCAACAAUGGCACUGGCACGCUGAACAGCACGUGCGUCCAGCUCUCGGCGCACCACUACGAUUUUACAAAGAUGGCCUUGCAGCGCAUCUCGGAGGAGUUCGUGGAGGCGUCCCGGAAGUGGCCCGCGAAGAAUGGGUUCGUCACUGGGGGUGACGGGGCCCGCGCGGAUCAGAUCGCGCGCACAGCUGCUGUCCUGGGCGUGCCGCACAUGGAGGUGCACGCCCAGGCGGUUGUCAUCAGCGACCUCAGUCAGAAGCCAACCUUCUUCCAGACCCGCUCGGCCGCCAAUUGGCUCCUGCCCGGCAUGAUGGAGAUGGUCCCGGGGCGCUUCGCCCUGCUGGUGGACACCGCCAGUGCGCCCGACAUGAUACCCGCGUUUCAGGAGGCCGCCGCCCGGGCGGGCCGGCAGAUUGUCUCCAGGGUGAUCCUGCCGGUCUUCGACGGCUCUGACCCGAACUCCACGGUGGCUCCCACCGAGGAUGCCAUCGACCUGUUCCUGGCGAGCGACGUUCGCUACAUCGUCCUGGGGACGUCCACCGCGGCGUCGUACGCCGUGCUGGGGUGCCGCCUGUACCUGCGCGGCGAGGACCUCUACCGCCGCGUCCAGCUGUUGGCCAUGGCCACGCCCGGCGACGUGCUGAUGAGCGUGCCCGGCUGCAGCGAGGACGUGCUGCGCACGGUCAUCGAGAACGGUGGCAUGGUGGCUUCGGUCGCCUGGCCGCCGAACCCAGCCGACGACAUUCUCAUCAAUCGGGCCACAGGUGAAGGCUACCAGGGCGGGGGGAGUUGGGGCCUCGAUGGCACCAGCUGGGCAGACAAUGGGCUCGGCGUCCGCGACACCCAGGACUGCGCCGACGACCCAGAGGGGGCGUCCAUCUCCCCCACGGUGCUCGCGCUCCUGGGCAAGACGCCCGGAGAUUCGGUCUCCUGCGCGGAGUUGGUCCCCUUCGGGCAGACCGGAUGGCAGCCUUACAUGCAGCAGGUGGCGCAGUAUUGCCCCGUGAGCGCCUGCAAUUGGAAUUCGCUGAUGCCGGGGUGCCGCAUCUCUUGCGCCUGCUCUGACGGCAGCUUGACAAUGCCGGACGAGCCUGGCAUCGCCGAGCCGGGAGGGCCACUGUGCGUGGAUGCCGCCCGCUUGCCCGCCGACUGGCUGCCGUCGAGCAGGGCGCGCUGUGACGGUGCUGCCUGCCGGCGGUUGGCCUUCGGGCCGUCCGGUUGGGAUCUGGCGAUGCAGUUCUGGGAGUACUCGCGCGGCAAGCCGCCCUACUGGGAGAACGCCAGCGUGCGGGCUGGAUUCUGCGCGAACCCGCAUUUCUGUCGGAACAUCCCGCCCUGGGCCGUGCAUUUCGGUGUGGGCCUCGGCGUGGUCGACGGCGUGUACGCGCUGGCCAAAGCCUGGGAGUGCGUGGAGUCGCGGCAUGGUGCAGCAGGCUUGGACAGGGUGGUCACAGCCGACCCCCGCGACUACACCGCAACGAAUUGGGUGAUCAGUUGCUUGAAGGAGGACGUGAGCUUUGAAGGCGCGCAGGGCCGAAUUAACUUCAAGUAUCCGCCUGAGAAUCCGCACAGCCCCACUGCGGGCUAUACUUUCGCGAACGUGCUGGGCGGGACGAGGACGAAGAACAACGAGCAGGCCGUGUGUGGGUACCACACAAACAGCAGCGCAGUCGUCAUCAGCCGCGUGAUCUCCCGCGAGGACUACACGGCGUGCGAGCAGUGGGAGGCCGAGGUGAUGCCUGGGAGGACCUGCCCCGAGCACGCCCCGCAGGCGGUGCUCCUGCUGGACGACAACUCGACCCACGACCUCCUGCCGCUCGCGGGGCCGAGCUCCUGCGGCCCAGGGGAGUCCCCGCUGACCCUCGGCUCCGACCCCGCGGACAUCGCCGCCACGGGCCUCGACCACUGCAUGGCCUGCCCCGCUGGCAGGUACAAGCCCUCGGAGGGCCCCGAGGCCUGUCAGGACUGCGCGGCGGGGAGGUUCGCCGACAGCGCCGGGGCCGUGCAGUGCGGCGCGUGCCCGGCAGGCCAGCGCUCGGGCUCGGGGGCCGCGGAGUGCCAGAACUGCUCCGCGGGCACCAGCACGUACCGCAUGGCGGGGGAGGCCGAGUGCCGCGACUGCGAGGCCGGCACGCACGCCCCCUCCGAGGGCUCCGCGUUCUGCGCGGACUGCCCCGUGGGCAGCUUCCAGCCCGCGGAUGGCAGCCCGGGGUGCUCGCAGUGCACCGAGCCCAGGACCACCCAGUACCCCAGGGCGCGCUCCUCCGCAGACUGCCUCUGCCCCGCGGGGACUUACCUUAGCAGCGGCGUCUGCGCCGCGUGCCCGGAGGCGAUGGACUGCGCCUUCGGCAGCGACGAGGCCAACUUCCCCAGCGCUGGCGAGGCUGGUUUGGGCGAGCAUCCGAAAGUCCGAGAGGGCUUCAUGUCGAGGCCACAAGACGCACUGACGGUCUACUACUGCUCCGACUGGCGCCACUGCCCUGGAGGCGCGCCUGGCACGUGCGCCACGGGCCGCGACGCGCGAACGGUCGCCUGCGGCGAGUGCCUUCCAGAGAUGUUCGAGACUGAGGCGGGCACGUGCGAGCCCUGCGAGAAUGUUGCGACGUCUGCAGCUGUCGUCGUGGUUAUCACCAUCGUCUUGCUCAUUGCAGGCGUCAUCACUCUGACUUUCGCGCUCAACAGAGACGUGUUCCAGCAGACGCACUCGAAGAUUGCAGUGGUGAUCCUUGCUGGGUUCACGUUCUCCGGGCUGCAGGUCCUGUCUGUGUUCAACAACCUAGCCAUCGAGUGGUUCGAGCCCGUGGAGAGCCUCCUGCACAUUGUUGCUGUCCUCACCUUCGAACUGCGGGUCUUCCGGACUGCCUGCGUCUUCAGCGGCGGCAUUGUUGUGCGGUUCUUGUGCCGACAGUUGGUGGCGCCCUCCUUGGUGGUGGUCGUGUUCCUGUCGCUCUGCGGCAAGCGCCGCUGGAAGAAUCCCGAUACGAGGGUGUGGGGGGGCGACGCCGAGCACGCGGCGCAGAUGAUCAGAUCCUUCUUCCGGGUCAUCUGCGUCGCGUUCAGCACGAGCGCCUCCGACGCCGUGCUCGACGCACAGGCGGACGCGGUGGUGCGGCGCAUCCCGAGGCGGCACGACGCGCGGAGGGAUUCCAAGUGCUCCAACUCGUCCUCGGUGAUGGAGGUGUGA